AUGUUUGACUGUAUUCGAACCCCGCAAGGCUAUGUUUGCAUCCUCCGAGUCGUGGUCCUGCCCGUAAACGACCUUUGCGCGCGCGCUACCUACUUCUCCCGCCUUCCGGAGAUGGUGGGCAUGCAUCGACUCAAAACAGACUUUGCCGGGCGCAAGGUCCGCGAUGGCUUCGGCUUGAACUUUGUCUGUGGUCAUCUGCGAGCCUUCAGGACCAUGGACGUCCCGACACUUCAACUUUUCCAUCCCCUCUCGAAGGGAGCCGUUCGCACCAACCAAUAUAUGUCCUUACAAGUCAUGGCGAACUUAUUCUUUGACGGAAUCCAGAUCACACUCUCCACCGCUACACUUGUCGCCUUGGCGCGUAAUCCAGGGAAGAAGCGCUUGCUCCGUAUGGCAGUUAUCGCCGUCAUGUUCGCGCUACUGGUCGACUCCGCCAUAACCAUCCUCGUCUUCGUCGUCAAGUUACACGUGACCUUAUCCACCAACCACCACCACCUCACGGUCGAAGGUCUUACGGGGCUGAAGAUCGUUGGCGACCUAAUGAGGAAGACAGUGCUCUUCAUCUGCGACAUCAUUGUCGUCUGGCGGGCGUGGAUAAUGUACCCCGAGAGUUGCAAGGUCAGGAUCUUGCUUGUUGUGUGUACACUGGGCUGUCUUGGCGGUCUCGCAGUGCACUCGGUCUUCAUCGACGGUCCUGACCGGAUAUAUCGCCCAUCUGUGGCCGCGCUCGUACCGGUCUGCACGCUGCUCACCAACAUCGUCGCCACCGCGUUAGUUUCCAGAAGACUGUGGACCUACAGGCGAAAUAUAUCGCGCGUGCUUCGAGCCGGAAAGGGCGCGAGCAAGAUCGACAUGGUGCUCACUCUACUCGUUGAGUCCAGCGCGGUGUAUUGCAUAGCAUGGGUGUGCAUGGCUCACCUCAACUCUUACAUCGCGUGGUUAUUGAGGUGCACGCAGGGUCCGCUCGCCUUCGUCGUCUUCAUGAAUGGCAAAGACAAGAACGCCGUCACCGUCUAUUCAAUCAUUGGCACCAGUUAUCCGUACCUCGCUGGCAUAUACAUUACCUUUGUCAUCCUCGCGCUUGAGCGGCUGAAGAACUCGGAGGUCUCCAUCGACCUCUCCGCGCUCGUUUCGCAUGACCUGCGCUGCACGUCGCCUAGGAGCGUGGACAGCGAGAGUCCGGGAGCGCACGAGCAGACAGGGUUGCUUGCUGCGCCCAGUAUACGUAGCCGUCCAGACGUGGACUGUUCGUGCGACGUCGAGUACGGGUGCGAGUCUCCUUGGGGAGAGGAACACGUCGUAUACUGACCUAAAGCUACAUACAAACCUAUGAUACAUGGACAUACGG